ACUGCUUUAUGUCUGGCAGCAGCGGCCAUGCGCGGUCGCCAUAUUACUGCUCACCCCUCCCCUCCGGCCCCGUCACAGACAGCGCAAACCACGGCAGCGGUGCGGGAGGCUCCAUACUGAACGACGCUACCGCCGGGGAGGACCAGUGAUACAGCAAAACCCAAACGAGGACCCAGAGGAAUGGAUUUAACCCGUCUACGGCGCUUUUAUUAGAAGUGUUUCGCCUUUUAAAGCUUCGUGCUGCGGAUUAAAGGUGGCUCUCUUUCGCUUCGUUUCCUCUUGUUAAAAGAAUAAGAAUAAAAAAACCCAGCAGUUUAAACAGCCGAGUUUGUGUUUAGCUAGCCGGUGAUGGAGAGUGGCAGCUAGCUAGCUUUUAAUAUAACGCUAACUUACUCGGCAGCUUUUUUUGCCCGCUUUUUGUGUUCAUUGCAGCGUGGCGUCUUUUUCUCUUCAACAAAACAUACAGAAAUGUUAGCUUGUGUUUAACAAAGACGCAGACGGACAACUCGGGUAGUUAACCGGCGAACUGGCAUCAGCUGACGCUAGCGGCCACUAGCUUCUUUUGCCUCGCUAGGAUAACGCCGAAGCGAGUGAAAGAAGACAAGGGUGUAAAUAUCGGCACAACUUUUGCCUCAUAUCUGCGCACUUCGUUGAAAUAUCUAUUGUUUUUUUCUAGAUAAUUUUUUGGUCGUUUGUCUGUUGAGCGUAGUUUUGUCAAAACGGCGCCUUUAACGAGCUGCAGCCUUAUUGCAUACUGUCAGAGACCAACUACCGCCCGGAUCUUCUCGAAAUGCAUCAUCCGGACCCUGCAGGAGACUCUGGCAGUGUUAGAAAGAUGGCGCAUCAGGCUGUCUUUCACAGAAGGGGGAGCAACACUGGCAGCGGGAGCGGCCCUGGGCUGUCAACAUCAGCUAACCCGGUGGUUAAUAACAGCCACGUACCAGCCGAUGACUACCCGCCCUCCCUGUUGAUUCAACCUCCUGCUGGCUCAUCCUCCCCGGGUCCCCAUCAUCCUCCUCCCCCCCACAGCCUAAAUCUGCUCUCCCAGCCCCAGCCCACACAGUCCACUGGAGCUCAGAUAAAGAAGAAGAGUGGUUUCCAGAUCACAAGUGUGACUCCAGCACAGGUAUCUGUUAGUACCAAUAACAGCAUCGCAGAGGAUACUGAGAGCUACGACGACCUGGAUGAGUCCCACACUGAGGAUCUGUCAUCUUCUGAGAUUCUGGAUGUGUCCCUCUCCCGAGCUAAUGAUGUAGUUGGAGCGGAGAGAAGCUCCUCAGAGGAGACGUUGAAUAAUUUCCAUGAGGCGGAGACCCCUGGAGCGGUCUCUCCAAAUCAGCCUUCACACCCCCACACCUUGAACCAGGCACAGAAGCAGCACGGUGGAGCCAUGGUGAAUGGGACUGUACACCAUCAACAUCCUCCACAUCCUAACCAUGCCCAGGUCUACCCUCUGUCCUCUGGCUCCGGGAGCACCCCGUCUGGUCUCACCUCUGGAGCUUUACCUUGUGUCACUCAGAAAAUGCCUUCUAAUAUGGGCGGCCCUCAAGAGAGUGUUUCCCAGGCUGUUCCUUCAAGUAUCCCCACUCAGCCUACAGGGACUGCAGUCCCGGGAUCUAUCCCUGGAAUGCACAGCUCUGCUGCUGGCAAUACAGUUAGCAUAGUUAAUCCCCAGACCAGCAGUGUUAGUAAUGUGAAUAUGUUGAGCUCUGCCAACGUGCCUGUGAGAGGGGGGAUCAGCACGAGUGCUAGCACUAGCAGUGGCGGCUAUCCUCUCAAUGUGAUGAGCAGCAGUGGAGGGAGUGGAGGAGGAAGUGCUGCUGCUCCAGCUGGGAGCAACCUUAUGGCCCCCGCUAGCAUGAUCCAGCAACACCAAAACUUAAACUCCAACAUUGCUAUGACUGCUACAACUACUGUUGCUGUGAGUGCCACUGGAGGCGUAGGGCUCCCCAGCGGGCUCCAUGGAAGAGUUGGAUCAGCUGUGCAGCAGCCUGUGAGUGCAAUUGCUACAGCUGCGACCACAGCUCCUGUAUCAUCUGUUCCUGCGGCCCCUGUGGUGGCCACCACCACAAGCUCUCGCUUUAGAGUGGUGAAGCUGGACUCUAGCUCUGAGCCCUUCAAAAAGGGCAGAUGGACUUGCACUGAUUUCUAUGAUAAGGAGACCCCAGCUCCUGCCCCCUCUUCUUCUUCUGACCCUGGGUCCCACAGCAUACGGCAGUUUGUCUCUGAGAGCUUUGCUGGGGGGUCGGAGAGAGAAAGCACAAGUGGGAGUUCUGUGAGUAGUACUAUGAGUACAUUGAGCCAUUAUGUCGAGAAUGUGUGCAGUGGAGAUGUUGGUGGACCACAGCAUGCACAGGAUUACAACUCCCCUCCUCAGGGCUUUCAAGGAAUCCUCCCCAGCGGUUUAAGCAUGGGAGUAUCUCACACCCAACCCCAACAGCAUGAUAAAACUACUGCGGCCCCCUCGGCACCUACAAACAUUCAUCAGCCUCCAUCCAUGCCGAGUCACCAGACCACCAUGGGACUCACUGCUGUGCCCCAGCAGCAGCUCACAUAUGCCCAGGCAGUUGCUAAUCAACCCCCAGUAGGUGUUCAGCAGCAGAAGUUGGGUUACGCCACCCUACCACAACAGCCAGCUGCUGCCCCUCAAGCACCCACGAUGUCGAUGAGGCCACCUGAGUACACACAGCCGCAGCAAAGCAUCCCUCAUUCUGCUGCUGCUUCCCAGCCUUUGUCCAACCAAGCUGGAUCCACAUCUGCUGGGAUGGCUAACGGAGCCUGCCAUAUGAUGGGAGGUCCUCAGCAGCCCCACUCUCUUCAGUCUACCACCUCUAGUAUGCCCUCUCAUGUCGGGGUAGCAGGUGUUGGCCAGCAGCCUCAGAGCCAUCCAGGCCAUUUGGAUUGCCAGCAGCAAAAGCCGCAGUCACUCCCAACACAAAUCCAAAACCAAGGGCUGAGCACCCAGCUGCCAACUGCAGCCCACCAGAGCCAGGCGUCUGCACAAAGUGUGCCCCCCCCAAACCCUCAGAGCGAUCACCAGGCCCAGGCCCAACCCCAAGCUCACAACACUGGGAAUACUGCUCGGAUGCCCCCGCAGGGAGUUCCCCAUAGCCAGCCGUCUUCUGUGAGCUUGACCCAUGACCACAGCAGUGCCCAGGCCCUGGCUCACGCUGCACAGGCCAGCGCCCUGUAUGCCAGUCUGCCGAGCUUCACCACCACUCAGCUGCAGGAUGCCCAGCGGCUGCUCCUCCAGCAUCAGUCGGGUUUGUUGGGGCUGCCCAAGCUGUCUGGAGGAGAGGCUGGAUCCAACACUGGCCAUGGUCAGGAAACUGAGGGCAACGCUGCCACCGCCAGUGCCUUAACAGCACCAGCUGGUCUCAAGGCUGUAGAUGGAGAAGAGGAUGGCUGUGAGGGAAGAAAAGUGUUGUUGUUAUCCUAGAUAACCAGCCGACAGAGGCCAAGCUGCUGCACUCUCUCUGUCCUCUGUCAGUGGGAUACAGCGCAGGGCUCAGCUGGAUGUGACAUUUCUUGUCUUUAUCAAGUGGCUGCAGUGAUUCAACAUUUUACCUCACCCGCCCGCCUGCUUGAAAUCCCGGCUGUCUGCCUUACAGAGCACAUUUUCUGCUGGGCGCACAGUUCCCUGUAGAGGCUCUCAGCACAUUUUGUUGUUGAAAAGCAGAAAUUACAGUAGCAGUUUUUGAUGACUUAAUGAGCAAUAGAAUAAGACAGGUAUGAAAUAAACUGACAGCCAUUGUCAAUUUUGUUUUGUAGUCAAAGCAAGUCUUGAAAUGCUCUUUCUCCUUUAGGAAAGAAACAAGAGUUGCCAGGUUGCUUGUUCACAUGAAAAUGAAGGCACAUGACUCCUUUUUUUCCUCAGUGAAAGCUUAUUGAUUUCAUUAAGAGCCUUUUCUCUCUCUCUCUCUCUCUCUGUUACUGGAAAACUUGAAAUCCUUUGGAAAUUUCUCACAAGAAGUUUUAAGAACAUAUUUUGAGGUUAGACAGGAAUUUUAAUCACUGUGCAGCACGAGGGACUUGCUUUCAUUUCCGUCACACCUAACAAUCUGAAGUCUUAUGAAUAUGUUGGCGUUACUGUCAUCCCUUGCCCUCUUAGCUUUAGGGGUGUUUAGCAUACCUGAGUCUCAGUCAGCGCUUAGCGAAGUGGUGUUAAGUACAGCUGGGAAUGUGGAGGGUAACAUGGAAGUUAUGUUAGUUUGUUUUUUUGGGGGGGUUGCCUUUAUGGGUCAGCUGGGUAGAUACUAAAGGGUGACUGUUUUUUAUCACAUGAUGUUUAACUCUGAGGAAUGUGAAAUCUAUGUGGGAUCAGGUGGAUUGUCUUUGAUCAGCACUCAAACCAAAGCCCUGCUUACAGAUUAUCUCUGUGAAUUAUGCUCAUUCUGUCUAGUUUACCUGCUGUCAGUGGUAGUGGUAAUAUUUUGUAUCGGGAUGUUCCUUGUGACUAAUUUCAUGGAUCAGACUGUGUUUUCUUACUUUUAGACUAGUCAGUCUGCACCAUACAGUGGUUUCUGUGGCUAACAUUAACAGUGCUAGGAUGAGCUACCUUCUGUGCUCGCAAACACCUGUGCAUAAUGUAAAUAAACAUGUCUCCGGUCAGGUGGUUUUAAGCGAGUUUACUUUGAUGUGGCCUACAUUUUGCAGAUGAAAAUAAAACAGAACUGUGCUGGUUUGCAGGGCUGUUACCUGCCCUGUCUAACAUUGUGCUUCUUUACAACUUAAAGUGAGACAAAGAGUGGGUCCAGGACGCUGGCCCUGGCAAUCGACAGGUACCUUGGCAACAACUUCAACCCAACAGAUAACUGGCACUGUACAUUAAUGCAACAUGAGAAAUUAGUUUAACCUAAGGCUGUUUGAUUUGGAAAAAAAAAUAAUAAUCCGAAUUGUUGGUUAAGCUCAGUUAUUUAACAUGCUGCUUGUUAUUGUCAGUAAUUUCAACACUGUACAGUCACAGAAAACAUGACUUUUUACAGGAAGUUUCCUUGAAGAUGGGGAAAAAAAAUUGAUAGGUUGAUAAAAGAUGUGAGCUUGGUAGGAGACAUGGAGUCUGAGAGAGAGUUUUAGACCCGGGCUAACAGGUGUUUUUGACUCUAAAGCCUGUGUAACAAGGGUAGCUGCCACAAAGAAGCCCAUGCAUCAGCUUAGCUACCUCGCACAGCUCAAGAGGCCUUCAUGGUAGCUACAAGGUGAGACCUGGUGAAGGAGGCAGUUACAGGCAACUGAUGAUAAUCUUUUCACUUGUACACCUAUGAAAACGUUGCAGUAUUCCUUUCCCCCACAUAGUUUCGUUUUCAUGGCUCCUCCCUAAAAGCUCAAAAGUGGUGGUGUGAAAAUGAAUGCAAAAGAGUAAUUUCGAAAUCCGAUGAUUAUUGUUUCUUAAUUUAUAGUGUUUCUGCUGCAAAUGACUGAAGGCAGCAGCUUUUAAUCAUCUAAGCAAUUAUUUGUGCACAAUUUGAGAUUUUUUUUUUUUUUUUCUUGACUGAUAUCUCUGCCUCUCUUUGAUGUUCACUGACAAAAGUAAUGCACUUCCGUGACAGCAUAACAGGCAUACUUCAAGAAAGGUAUUUUCCUUGUGAUUCUAAAUUUGGACUUGUGCAGACAAAACAACACUGUAAAUUAAUCUAAUAAUCAUAAACUGCUAUAUAAAGUUAUGUUAAAUGACAAUCCUCUUGGGUUGAAAUAAAACUUAAUUUAAAAGCAUCACUUAUUCCCAAGACAAACAAUGAAUAGCUGUUAUGAUCAACUGCAUGGUUUUUAAAUUAAUGAAUAGUCAAGAUUACAAUAAUGACCACAAUGAUUGAGCAGCUUUGCCGCCAGUGCACACGGCUCUCCACCUAAAGAAAAAUGGUUGUAUGGUCAGUUUUACAGGAGCUAGGUAUCUUAGCUGGACUUUUGAGAAAGGUUACCCCAAGAUAUAGACCCUCUACAAAAAGCCUUAUGCAGAUGAAUUAGUGACAUCAUACUUGAAAAUGUCUUUUGGCAACAAGAAAUUCAGUUCUGUUUUGGAACAUAAAUACAGAGUGGUAUCAAGAGUAAGCACUGUGGAAGCUGACCUUAUUCUUAGCAUUUAGACUUCAUUCUCAAAAUAGAAUUUAAAAUUUAUCCUUAGUUUUAAACAACAAAAUACUUGAGGUGGUCUUAGUGGUCAUUUGGAAAGAAAUGGGCUGUCAGAAGUGCCCUUUGUUUAACUGCAAUCGAAAGAGGAACUGACCACAUGUCAGAUAACACAGGAG